UUGUUUGUUUUGAGACAUGAAUCCUAGGCUGGCCUUGAAAGUCUGAUCUUUCUGCUUCUGCCUACCAAGUGUUGGGAUUACAGGUAUGUAUCACUACACUAAGCUCUAAAUGUGUGAGCCAACAACCUUCCCUCCCUCUCCCCUUCCUUCCUCCUUUCUCCUUCCUUUCCUCUCACGUCCUAUUACUGAGCCAUUUCUCGGUCUCUCCUUAUUUUGUUUUGAGAUAGGAUUUUGUUAAGUUUCUGAGUGGACUUGAACCCACUCUGGUAGCCUUUGGAUUUGUGCUCUUCAUUCUUGAGCCUACCAAGUGACUGCUAUUACAGGCCUGUAUCCUGAGCCAGAUCUGCUUUUGUUUUUUGAGACUAGGGUUUUUUGGUUUUUUUUUUUUUUUUUUUUUUUUUUGGUUUUUCAAGACAGGGUUUCUCUGUAUAGCCCUGGCUGUCCUGGAGCUCACUUUGUAGACCAUGCUGGCCUCGAACUCAGAAAUCUGCCUGCCUCUGCCUCUGCCUCCAGAGUGCUGGGAUUAAAGGCGUGCGCCACCUUGCCCGGCCGAGACUAGGUAUUUUAUGUAUCCCAGGUUGGCUUUGAAUUUGAGGUCUUCCUGCCUUAACCAGGAUAAAAAUUUAAAACUAUUUUAUGUGUAUGAGUGUUUUUACCAGCAUGUAUGUCUUUGUGACACUUGUGUGUGUAUCUGGUGCCAAUGGAGGCCAGAAGGGAGCAUUGGUCCUCUGGAAAAGCAGCCAGUUCUCUUAACCACUGAGCCAUCUCUCCAGCUCAGUCUUUUUAAAGUACUAAACAUUUAUAUAUUUAUGUAUUUAUUUAUUGUUUUUAUUUAUGUAUUUAUUUAUUGUGCACAUAUGUACUUGGGCCAUAGCGCUCAUUGAGACAUCAGAAGAGUUGCAGGAGUUGAUUCUACUUCCUUUAUGUAAGUCCUAGGGAUUUAAUUUGUCAAACAAGCCAUUUUGUUGGUCUACCAUGUCUGGUUUUAUAUGUACUGUAUAUCAAACCCAGGGCUUCCGCAGUUUUACAGACAAAUUUUGGUGUCAUGGGGUAAUUCUGUUUAACUUUUUAGAGAACAACCAUACAAUGUUCCAUGUUUAGCUACACCAUUUUACAUUUCUACCAGCAAUGAAUGAGGGAUCUGCUUUUUCCACAUCUUUGUUAAUGCCAGUUACAGUAUUUUCUUAUUGUAGUCAUCCUCUUAGGUAUGAAGUAGUAUUUCAUUUUAGUUUGAUUUGUAUUUCCAAAAUGAGUAAUAUUGUGUUUAUUGGGCAAUACUCUCUUAUCUGCACAGGACCUAAGUUCCUAGUACAUGGCUAAAACUAUAGUACUGAAUCCUAUAAAAGUGUAAGUUUUCCUAUUCCUAUGUACACGUACAUAAGAUAAAGUUUAAGAGGUAAGGUAGACCAAUAAUUAGAACAAUUAUAACAAAAUGCUUUAUUUCAACUGUACCAUUAUAUUUAAAGCUGACUGCUGCUGGUAAAAUGGAUCAAUGGAAAGAGGUGCUUGCUAUACAAGUCUGGUGGCCUGAAUUUGAUCCCCAGCCAGAAUCUAUGUAAAAUUGGAAGUAAAGAAUGCCACAAAACUCACUAAACUUUUAUUUGUAAGAGAAAAUGCCUGAAUUAUUGAAGACCUAAGUUGUGAUUUGAAUUCUGUGGCAGUUUUAUGAGGGUGAAAUAUUACCACUACUUUUUUGUUUGUUCAUAUGUUUGUUUUGAGAUAGGGUCUACGUAGCCCAGAGUACCUAUAACUUCACAGUCUUUCUAUCUCAGCUUCUCAGGCACUGAGAUUAUAGAUAAACACCUUCAUAUCUUCAUAUAGUUAUUACCAUAAAAAUAUGCUUGUGGUGGUUCAAAUGAGACAUCCCUUAUAAGUCUUAGACAUUUGAAUACUUGGACCAGUUGGUGACUAUUUGGGGACAAUUAGGAGGCCUUGCUGGAGGGGCGGGUUUGGAGGGUUCAGGAGCCUUGCACUAUUUCGAGUUUGUUCUCUAUGCUUCCUGUUUGAGAUGUAAGCCCUCAGCUGCUGCUCCAGCCAACAUGCCUGCUACUUGCUGCCAUGCUGCCUCGCCUUGAUGGAAUCUUAUUCCUCUGGAACAGUUGCUAUGGGAAUAUAUGACCAUAUAAAAGGAAGUACAUUCUGAAAAUUCUCAUACCUGAGAUGUAAGUAGACUGAAGAGUGAAACAAGAACAAAUUUAGUGCCAACCUUAGUUACAAUGGCCACUGAUUCUGGGGAGCCAGCUAGCACAGAAGAUUCUGAGAAGCCUGAUGGAGUUUCCUUUGAAAACAGGGCUGCCCGGGCUGUUGCCCCUCUGACUGUAGAAGCGAGAAUAAAGGAAAAAUACAGUACCUUUUCUGCUUCCGGGGAAAACAUCGAAAGAAAGAGGUUUUUCCGAAAGAGUGUUGAGAUGACAGAAGAUGACAAAGUUGCCGAAUCUUCCCGCAGAGAUGAAAGAAAAGCUGCAACAAAUAUUUCAAGAGUAGAUAAAGUUCCUACAAAUGUGCUAAGAGGUGGGCAAGAAGUUAAAUAUGAGCAAUGUUCAAAGGCAACCUCAGAAUCCUCAAAAGAUUGCUUCAAGGAGAAAACUGAAAAGGAAAUGGAAGAAGAAGCAGAAAUGAAGGCUGUUGCAACUUCCCCUAGUGGCAGGUUCCUGAAAUUCGAUAUAGAGCUGGGAAGAGGAGCAUUUAAAACGGUAUAUAAAGGAUUGGACACUGAGACAUGGGUUGAAGUUGCUUGGUGUGAGCUACAGGACCGCAAAUUAACUAAAGCUGAGCAGCAACGGUUCAAAGAAGAAGCAGAGAUGUUGAAAGGCCUCCAGCAUCCCAAUAUAGUUCGAUUCUAUGAUUCAUGGGAGUCCACUUUGAAAGGAAAGAAAUGUAUUGUGUUAGUGACUGAACUAAUGACAUCAGGAACCUUAAAGACGUACUUAAAACGAUUUAAAGUCAUGAAACCAAAGGUCUUAAGAAGCUGGUGCAGGCAAAUCUUAAAAGGAUUGCAGUUCUUACACACAAGGACGCCUCCUAUUAUUCACCGGGAUCUGAAAUGUGACAACAUUUUCAUCACAGGACCCACUGGAUCUGUGAAGAUUGGUGAUCUGGGACUUGCAACCUUAAUGCGCACAUCGUUUGCUAAGAGUGUCAUUGGCACUCCUGAAUUUAUGGCUCCGGAGAUGUAUGAAGAACACUAUGAUGAAUCUGUAGAUGUUUAUGCUUUUGGAAUGUGUAUGUUGGAAAUGGCUACUUCGGAGUAUCCAUAUUCUGAGUGCCAGAAUGCAGCACAAAUAUACCGGAAAGUAACCAGUGGCAUAAAACCAGCCAGCUUCAAUAAAGUCACAGACCCUGAAGUGAAAGAAAUAAUUGAAGGAUGUAUUAGACAAAACAAAUCUGAAAGGUUAUCUAUCAAGGACUUACUAAACCAUGCAUUCUUUGCUGAGGAUACUGGACUGAGGGUGGAGUUAGCAGAGGAAGAUGAUUGCUCAAAUUCAUCCUUGGCUCUAAGACUCUGGGUUGAAGAUCCUAAGAAAUUAAAAGGCAAACAUAAAGACAAUGAAGCUAUUGAAUUCAGUUUCAACUUAGAAGCAGAUACACCUGAGGAAGUAGCGUAUGAAAUGGUCAAGUCUGGAUUCUUCCAUGAAAGUGAUUCCAAAGCUGUUGCUAAGUCCAUUAGGGACCGAGUGACAUUGAUUAAAAAGAUAAGGGAAAAAAAGCCUGCUGGAUGCUUGGAGGAACGCAGGGAUUCCCAGUGCAAGUAUGUGAGGAAUGUACUUCCUCAACAGCAGACUGCAACUUUACAACCUACUCCUGGUCCACACACUGCAGCUGAGUAUGAAGAAACAGAAGUUGAUCAACAUGUUCGACAGCAGUUUCUACAGGGCAAACCACAGCAGCAGUCCUCCUCUGUUAGGGGUGACACUUCAUCUGAGCCAACAGCUGGACCAGUUCUACAUUCAGAUACUUCAAGUCAUCCCACUGUAGCCUAUUCUUCAAACCAGACAACUAGCUCUCAGGAGCAGCCAAAGCUGACUCAGUCCCCAGUUUUGCCUGUGGUUCAAGGUCAGUCCUCUGUUAUGCCCAUAUAUGCUGCUGGAGUUGGAGUUGUUUCACAGUCCCAAAUCUCUCCCUUAACUAUCCAGAAGGUCUCACAGAUAAAGCCUGUAUCCCAACCAAUUGGAGCUGAACAACAAGCAACUCUUCAAAAUCCAGAUUUUGUUCGAAGCUUGAAUCAAGAUGUGACAUCUGUGAAAGAAAACACCAAUAACCCUGAUACCCCAAGUGGAAAUGGCAAACAGGAUCGGAACAAACAACGAAGAGCCUCCUGUCCCCGACCAGAGAAGGGGACUAAAUUCCAGCUUACUGUCCUUCAGGUCUCAGUCUCUGGAGACAACAUGGUGGAGUGUCAGCUGGAAACACAUAACAACAAGAUGGUGACAUUCAAGUUUGAUGUUGAUGGUGACGCACCUGAGGAUAUCGCUGACUAUAUGGUUGAAGAUAACUUUGUGCUGGAAAAUGAGAAAGAAAAAUUUGUCGAGGAAUUGAGGGCUAUCGUAGGUCAAGCCCAGGAGAUCCUUCAUGUCCACUCAGCUGUAGAAAAAUCUAUUGGUGUUGACUCUGUUGCCUUGGAAUCUAACAGUAACCAAACAGGAUCAUCUGAACAAGUACUGAUAAAUUCUGCAUCCACUCAAACUAGCAAUGAAUCUGCUCCUCAGUCAUCCCCAGUUGGUCGCUGGCGGUUUUGUAUCAACCAAACAAUAAAAAACCGUGAGGCACAGUCUCCUCCUUCCCUUCAGCCUUCCAUGGCCAUGGUGCCUGGGUUACAUCCAUUUCCUAGUUCAAGAAACACAAGUAAUCAGGCAAUAUCACAGAACACAGUGUUCACUAUAGAGAAUAAUCCAGGCCAUCGUGAACUUUUCACCUCCAAAUUAGACCACAAGGAUGUGGUUGAUGGUAAGAUUGGUGAACAUGCUAGUAUAGAAACUGAGCAGUCAAGUAUUUCCUAUCAAGUGGAAGAUGACAGACAGAUCAUGACACCAGCUACUGAUAAUUCCAAUUAUUCUGCUGCUUUGGUGUGUCCAGUUCCAGGUGAAUGUGAGGCACUCACCAGCCAAGCAGGCAUGUUCAUGCCUACAUAUCCAAAUCAGCAAGCUGCUGUUCUGGCUGAUGUGCAUAUAGCCUAUCCCGGUGAAUCAGUUCCAAUUGGUGGUAAUGCUGCUCUUACAUCAGUACUUGUAUCUUCUGAUCAAAAGCCUCAAUCCUUGUCAGUACAGCAGCCAACUAUAGAUGCAGAGUUUAUUUCCAAAGAAGGAGAAACCACAGUAAACACCGAAACAAGUUCUCCUAAGGCAGUCAUUGCCACUCAGACUCCUGGCUUUGAACCAGCUGUGAUUCUACCUGCUACUAUCCUGGAAUCAGAUGGGGAACGACCUCCAAAAAUGGAGUUUGCAGACAACCGAAUUAAAACACUGGAUGAAAAAUUAAGAAACCUGCUCUAUCAGGAGCACAGCAUUUCUAGCAUCUGUCCUGAGAGUCAGAAGGAUACUCAAAGCAUAGACUCUCCAUUUUCUUCCUCUGCUGAAGAUAUACUAUCCUAUUCAAUGCCAGAAGUCAUAGCCAUCAGUCACUGUGGGAUUCAAGAUAGCCCUGCACAAUCCCCAAAUUUCCAACAAACAGGCUCUAAGAUUCUGUCCAAUGUGGCUGCAAGUCAGCCUGCUCAUAUAUCAGUGUUCAAAAAAGACCUGAAUGUGAUAACUUCUGUACCCAGCGAGUUAUGUUUACAUGAGAUGUCCCCAGAUGCUUCACUUCCAGGCGAUCCAGAGGCCUAUCCUGCUGCUGUGUCAAGCGAUGGAACCAUUCAUCUGCAGACAGGAGGUGGAUAUUUUGGCCUAAGCUUUACUUGUCCUAGUCUCAAAAAUCCUAUUAGCAGGAAAUCCUGGACUCGAAAAUUAAAAAGCUGGGCAUACAGGCUACGGCAGUCAACCAGCUUUUUCAAGAGAUCAAAAGUCCGUCAAGUGGAAACAGAAGAUAAAAGAUCAGCAAUUGCUUCUGAUCCCAUUCCUCUGACACGGGAGUUCUCAUCUGAUACUAGGGCUUUGAGUAGAUGUAAAGCGAUGAGUGGAUCAUUUCAGCGGGGUCGGUUCCAGGUGAUUACUGUUCCUCAGCAGCAGCCAGUAAAAAUGAUGUCUUUUGGGAAAGAUCACAGACCGCCAUUCAACAAAACAACAGUCCAGUCUAGUGAGCAAGCACUAACCUUUGCUGAAGCUGCAGUGUCGCAGUUGAUCGAAGUGGAGCCUGCCAUGCCCACUCAUAAAGCUUCAGUUUCUUCACGCAAGUUGCGAACUCUUUAUGAAACCUUUAAAGAAGAUAAAGGAGAUCCUGAACAAGGUGACAUCGUAUCUUACAGCACAGCUUGUGAGACCAGUGUCUCUUCAGUCGCUACAGAAAAGAAUGUAACUUCAACCACAGAAGUUAGUGUGCAGUCUGGGUCUGAACCGUUAGAUAAAGAAAAAAAUGAGUCAACUCCUGGGAAACAGACAUGUACAAAUGAAUUUUCAGCCACUCUUGCUGGUAAUAGAAAGUCCGUGACAAAAACUCGUCCAGAGGGUGAUCAGUAUUUACCACUCCGUGAAGAGCAAGCCUAUGCUCAAACACAGAAUUCACUCUUCUAUUCUCCAUCUUCCCCAAUGAGCAGUGACAAUGAAUCAGAAAUUGAGGACGAGGACUUGAAAGUGGAGCUUCAAAGAUUACGAGAAAAACACAUUCAAGAGGUGGUCAGUCUUCAAACACAACAGAAUAAAGAGCUACAAGAGCUCUAUGAACGCCUUCGAGCAACUAAAGACAACAAAGCGCAAUCUUCAGAGGUUCCUUUGUCACCUGCAUCGCCACGCAGGCCAAGAUCUUUCAAAAGCAAACUUCGAAGCCGCCCCCAGUCCAUGACACAUUCAGACAAUCUCGUUGUAAAAGAUGCACUGGGUGUGGAGAGUAAUACCGUGUCAUGCCAGCAAUCUCCAGCCAGUAAGAAGGGGAUGUUCACAGAUGAUUUACACAAGCUGGUGGAUGACUGGACAAGAGAAACAGUAGGGCAUUUUCCUAGUAAGCCAAGUUUAAACCAACUCAAACAGAGCCAACAAAAAUCCGAAGCAGAAAACUGGAACAAGUCAUGUGAAAGUACUCCAUCUACUAUGGGAUACACGUCAAACUGGAUUUCUUCUCUCUCCCAAAUUCGUGGAGCUGCCCCAACUUCCUUGCCACAAGGACUCCCACUCCCUUCAUUUCAUGGGCCAUUAGCAUCAUAUGGAAUGCCUCACGUUUGUCAGUAUAAUGCUGUGGGUGCCGCAGGUUAUCCAGUACAGUGGGUAGGAAUUUCUGGACCAGCACAACAGUCUGUAGUGCUUCCUACCCAAUCUGGGGGACUCUUCCAGCCCGGGAUGAAUUUGCAGUCAUUUCCAGCUCCACCAGUGCAGAAUCCAGCUUCAAUCCCUCCUGGUCCUAAAUGAAUCCAAGUUGAUGCUGAAGGAAGGGGAGAGAACUUUCAGAACACCUGUGAUGCUACACUUUCUUCUUGAGUUCUGCCGUAUUUUCUCUCAUUCGUGUCUACUUUAAACUGUGUUUUUUUUGUUGUUCCAGUGUGAUAUUUGAUACAGCUCAUCUUUCUGUAGUUAAUGUGCAAUUUGCACAAAGAAUACUACACACAGAAAUGUUUUUUCACUUCAACUCCUAUCCUCUUUGAUACUUGAUUUUUAAAAAAAUACUGUUCCGAAUGCUUUACUAGCCCAGCUUAAGUGUUACCAUUUCCAAGACACCUUCCAUGUGUUGCGGAGAUGCGCUCACCCCGCCUAACCUCUUUUUUAUGCUGCUACCAGCAGUUGUGUGAGACUUCUCUUUAACAUGUGUAAAAAAGUAUGUGGAUUGGUUCUCCCCAAAUGUGGAUGACGUAAGACCCUCCAAUAGCCAGUCUUGUGGGAUUCGUCAUGUCUAUCUUAGUUUUUACUUUUCACAGAAGGCAGUAACUGGCUGCAGGAUAUGUGUUGAUGUGUAAAUGUAGUAGACUUUUGUCAAGCAGCACAAAAGCUGAGCGUUUUGAAUGUGACUUUCUCCCCGUCAUCACAGCAGGAGGAGUGAGGGUGUUCAGUGAGGCGGAGGGAAAGGCAAAAGCAGAACUGUAACAGCUCCUUGAAUCUACAGCUACUAGAGCUGCUCCUGGGUUGCAGUAACAACCCAGAGCGGCCGUCUUUUCUCAUGUGCACACACCACUUUGCUUUUGCGCAUCCAAGAGGCACUGGUUUGGCUUGCAUUCUUUUGCUAGGCACUGCAGCUGAUGUAAAUCUCAUUUGGGGGUAAUCCUUGCAAUCCUAACCAAGGAGAUUCAGGUUAACACUUCUGUUAAUCCAUUCUUCUAAAGUGAAAUGUACUUGACACACUAGGGUUUGUAGCUUUUGAGACUUUUGCAUAAAACACUGGCUUUACAGGGUUCUAAGAGAUGUAGGAUACACACUGUCCUGCAGUGAAAUAGUACACCCUAGGAUGAUAUUAUUUAAAUUGCCUUUAACCUUUUUUGAUGACAAUGUUUGGGUUGUUAUCAUUUCUUACUAGUGUCUAUAGAGUUAGAACAUUUUAGAUCUUAGAUGCGUUUGUCAGCCUCUUGAGAAUUUGAGAGACUUCACUGUCAAGUUGCACUUUACUGGGUUUUAUCCAGUUUUUGGAGGAAGGGAGGCAGUGUCAAAAUGUACACCUUUGGUUUUUAGGGAGGUUAACUUUAGUAAUCUUAAGCGCUAGUCACAGGGUUACCCAAUUUUCAGUCUGUGAAACCCAAAUAGAAUUUUUACUUGGUUUAUAUCAACCCCUCUGUAUACAUGUUCAAAUGACUUACCAUUCAUUGAAACUUUGAAAGUCCUUUCAAAUACAUGUUUUCCUAUUUAGGAAUUCUCUUGGUAACCAUUCCAGACUGUGGUCUUUGUUUCUGUUAACCAAUUUUCCUCCAUAUUCCUCUAAACCCUACCCCCAUGGGCUUGCCGGGAAGUGAGAAAACUUAAUGUAUGUGCUUUUUUCAUACAAUUUCAUACGUUGUGACAUUCAGUACCCUUCUUAAAAGUUGUCUUACAUUGCUUACCUAAAGACCACACCUGUCAUCACAUUUUUAUCACUGUUUCUGGGGGCACUCCGUGGAUUGCUAUUGGUAAGAGCCACAGUUCCUUUUCCUAAGCUAGCAUGUUUUGGAUGAGACCAGAUCAUAUGCACGGAUUCCUCAAAUUCCUUCCAUGGUAUUGCUUUGCAUUUGAAGUGAUUUUCAAGCUAUUCAUGUAGUGCAGUUGCUUGCAUUGUAGUGUUUUCCACAAUGCUCCUAAACCCCAGAGUUCUUUAAAACUGUUUCAUUAUCAGUUGGUUUUGUGUAAUUAUAUUGGGCUAAAUAAUCUAUAAGGUGAAACACUACAGGUUUUGAGACUGGAUCUCCUCUAGUUGCAAUCCUUUUAAACAGUGCCCCAUGGUGAAAACAAAUUCCACAGAUGACAUGUACAAUUCCAUUUACUAAUAGCUGCUCUACAUAGUAUGUCCUGUGUUUUGUUACACAUCUCAGUUUUACAUAUAAUUCAUUGUUCUUGUUUGCCUGCAGAUGUUUGCAGUGCCUUGUAAUAUUUAGAAUCUUUUCAGGUUUUGCUGGAAAGAAAAGUCAUCUUCUAAAGUUUGAAGAUGGAACUAGUGUACUGCUGUCUCCAUGCUGACUGCAGUAUCUGGGUUAACAUAUAUGUUACAUAUACAUUAUGCAUAUGUAAUGUGUAGAAGUUAAAGCUUACAAAAAAAGGGAGUGUGCAGAAAUGAAAACAGUGCUAUUCACUUUGCUGUGGGGUUUUCUUUACUUUCCCUCAUUGCUUUUUGAUUUGAUUCAGAUUAUAGUCACUUUGAUUGUAAAUACUGAUUAGUUUUCUAGGUGGGAAUUUUGUAUUGUUUCAUAAUUUUAAUAAGUCUUAUAAUCAUGCUGUUUCCAUCCUUGCCUGAGGUACUUUUCUUCCCCCAUAAAUAAUGAAUUCCAGAUAACGCUCAGAAGUACCCUUUUUCUUUAACAAAAAGCCUAGUCUAUAUAAUAAGCCUUCUGUUCUUUUCUAGAAAGUGCGCAAACCUAUCCUUUUUGCUUUUUCUUGUAAGCAACACAAAGGUUGCACUUAGCCACCAUCUUGUAAAGUUUCCUUGCGAAAUAGUCGGUAUGUCCACCCAUUCUGUUUCCCCCUCCAAGCGCACAUCUGAUGAGCAGUGUUGUGUACUCAUGUGUGGUGACAUGAGCAAGUCACCAUGAAGCACUGCUCUUGGGUCUGUGGAGUUGGGUGUAACAGAAGACUGGAACCAGUACUGCUGUAUUCAGUGCAGAACCCUCCAUAUACCUGGAGCAGUCUUGAAUCUAAGCAAUUUGCUGUAGUUUCACAAAUAUCCCUGCAGGUUUUCAUCUCUUCCUUGCUUAUACCAAGCAGAAGUUCUAAUAGUUUGACGGGAAGGAAACCUAACUGUGAACGUUUAAAAGGCACUUCCGCUGUGAUUUUUGGGUUGAGUGUAGAGUGUUUUCUAAGGUCUGAUGCAAUGUUAUCAUCUGAAAACCCCAGAUUUACUGGCAGUCCAGUUACUUUUGUUUAUCUACCUCGUUUUUCAGUACUGUUUUAGGUGCACAAGUAAAUGUUGCCUGUGAAACUUGCUUUUUUGCCUUGAUUCUUUGUGUUAGUGUAGAUUCUCAGUCUGGCUUGCCUUUUCUGUCCUAGCACUCACCAUGCAUGUGGGAUGAGAGGAACCAUCACUCUGCCACCAAAUCUCUGCUUAAGUGAUGACAGCCAUGCACCUGUGUGUAAUAAAGUUAGGGGCUGGGGGAUGGAAAGCAAAGAGAGAAAUUAAAUUGGUGGCAAUACAGGACUUGGUGGUGGGAGCUAGUUUUCAAAUGUACUGAGGUGAGACAGCCCCAGUGCCCCCAACUUCAUAUGUACUGGUGAUAUUUUCUUACUCAGUGCCUAAAGGGCUAUGGGUUGUAAUUGCUUUAACUACCACAGUGAAAUACUUGACCUCUUAGGGCAGUGACCCAUCUUCAAAAUGUUAUCAGACUGCCUGGUAUUUACAGUGACAGUUUGUUAUCUUAAAAUGGCAGAAUGCAUUUCAUUUGGAUCUUAGUUGGUAGUAAGCUUUUAGAUAAUUGCUUAUCUAAUCUCUGUAGUUUAAUGGACUUGACUCUCUUUGCUGUAUUUUCUAAGCAUUGAAAAUUCUCUUCCCCCCUUUAAAAAACUCAGCAAAUGUUUGUAACUGGAUAUUCCUUGUUUCACAUGUUUACUGUGUAACACUACAUUUUUAAUAUUAGUAAAUACUAUAUUUCAGUCGUCAUUUAUAAGUACAUUCCUGAGGUAUAUUUGCCAUCAAUUUGUGAUUCAGUUACCUCAUGUUUUCUUUGAUUAAGAAAAACCUGAGCCUUCUGAGGUGGUAUGCAAGCCAUUUUCUAGAAUAGAUUGGUUUUUUUUUUAAUCUGUAGUUAAUCAGGGACUUAUUUUCCCUCCCUUUAUUUAGAAGAUAUAAUAGAAAGGUAUGUAUAUAUAGAAAAGACUUUUGAUUUGGUAAAUAAAAUUCUAGGGUUAAAAUUUAAAACUCUAACCCAAAUUAUGAAAUGAAAACACUCGAACAUAGUACCAGUUCUUUUUACAUAAAAUUAGUGUGCAAUUGGUAUAGAGACAUACUUUCAGACCACCCUGGAAAGAGUCUCUUUUAUAUGUGUAUGAAGGAUGAAUUCAAACAUUGAUCAGGGACCUUGACAACUAUCAUGUGAAUGGGCCCACAGUAGUAAUCAGGUUAAAGUGAUUUUCCACUGAGAUGGUUGAAAGAAUGUACAGAUCAACAGCUCCGAUUCUGGGAGGUUCUCCGUGAAGUAAAACAACCCAGACUGUUAAAAAGCUAAAGGUCAGGUGAGAAGGCAAGGGGAAGACUACACUCUGAAGGGACGAUGCAUGAAAAUGCACACUUGGCACCCUUCUAGCUUUUUUACAUUGUGUUUCUUCCCACUAUAAUUUAAGAUUUAAGGUUGAGAUUUGUAGUCUAGACCCCUCAGCAGGUAGAGUGGAUACAGUGACUGGUCAGAAAGUGCAGUUGCAGGUCUGUCAUGCUCAAUCACUUAACGCUAUAAUGUGUUUCCUGCGAAUAUCAAGCAUGUAGACCAAGUGCAGCAUGGGAGCCACUCAGGAAGUUUAUGAAAUUAAACUUUCAUGCAUAAUUUACCAUGAAAUAUGUAGAUUUCAGCCAAUUCUCAAUACUUAACAUUUAGUUAUAUAUGUGAACUCUCCUUUCUUAAUUCGGGAAUGUAGCAUUAUAUAGAAUGCUGUUAAACUUAAUUUUAACCCUUUUUAACUUUUUUUUUUUUUUGGUAAGCCAAGUGAUCUACCUUUCAGCAGUUGUCUGGUUUUGAUUCGUCGAAACUGUGAUUUUUAUUUUAAUUACUAUCCAACUGUUGUUAAAUAUUUUGUUUCCUGGAAUUUUGUUUUGAAAUAAAAAUAAAGGCUGUGUUAAAUGAGUAUGUCACCUUA